AGGCAAAAGCGGCGAACGUAACGUAACGUAACGUACCGUGUGGGGCUUGCGGUCCUCCCAAGUCAAAAAAGCCUCGAGGCCGAGCGAGAACCCGAACGCAACAGCAUCGCCGAUCCUGCUCCUCCUCCUCGAUCUGACAAAACCCGAGUGACGAGUGAAAUGUGACCGACCUGACCGACUUCUGUUCCAUCUCCCCACGCUGAAUCGAGUUCUUCCUCCGCCGACUCUCGGAUUUGAUCCGGCUCGCUCGCUCGCUCGCUCGCUCGCUCAUCGAAUCCUCUCCACCUGCUGAUCGGGAAAUCUUCUGUUGAUCGGGAGACGUCGCGCGCAGUUCGUUAGAGCGAGAGAGAGCACGCGUGUCGCCGGUGAGCCGCCUUGCAUUGGCGGCGGCCGUCGCCGAGGGCGCCCCGCUCUUCCCGGCUUUCGCCUUCGUCGACUCGCAUCGGCGGCGGCGGCUGCUCUGUCGCUCCCGCGCGCCCGUCGGAAUGGCGAGGCAUCCGCCCGAUUCGCGAGCGGGACGAGCCUCCUCCUGUUGAGAUUGCUGCUCUGAUUUCAGGUACUCUUUAGUUUCAAUCUCUCUCUCUCGCUCUCUGCGACAAUCGGUUUCCAGGAUUGAUAGAGAACGCGAAACUACCGAUGAGUUUCGCGUUCCGGCGCGCUGAUUGCGGGAGAGGUAGUUUUGGAGUCUGAUCCGUCGUCUUCGAUGUGAUGAGCGAUUCCCUUAUUCGAGCGUGGCUUUCCGAUCUUUGGACUCGAGGAUACUAUUUGAGGGAGCUCUGUUCGAGUGGUUUGUUUGGAUUCCGUUUGCUCCUUGCUUUGGUUCGUUCUUCGCUGAAGUUUCCGGUAGUGCCUCAGUUGUUUGAAGUCUCCAAUACCGAGACGAACCUGCGUUUCCUUCUGUUGCUCCUUGUGCUUCAACAUCUGCUGCGUCUCCCAUGUUUUACUGUGCCUUCUUUUGGUGCCCCUACCGCUGCACUUAUCGAAGGAAACAUUCCUUCAUUUUUCGGGCGUUUGAUCUGAUUAAGGUAGGGAUGCAUGCGGUCUUCUUGAAAUAUCGAAACUAGCAGCAAGAUGAGGUAUAUGACCAGAAUUAAGUGGGCUGCACUUGGAGGACUUCUCUUAUCUUGCGUGUCAUUGCUAGUCCACUUACUUUUGGCCAAGUAUUCAAGUGCUGAUCUAGUGCAGUACAGUGCAAUCACAGGCUUUGUGGAUGAUCUUACCAUAAAUGCUGGAUGGCAGGGAGCUGCGCAUAGAAGAUUAUGGGGAAAUGUGAAGUCUCUUGAGUCUCUCUAUCCUUAUGCCAAUCCUAGAAGUAGACAUCCUGCAGCUCCUGCUGAGAAGAAUAAUGGUUUCAUCUAUGCCAAAGUUUACGGUGGAUUUGAGAAGAUAAGAACUUCGAUUUGUGAUUUGGUCGCAGUAUCCAGGCUGUUAAAUGCUACCCUUGUAAUUCCAGAGAUCCAAGAAAGUACUCGUGCAAAAGGCAUCAGCUUCAAGUUUCGGAGCUUUUCCUACAUAUACAAUGAAGAUCAGUUCAUAACAGCUCUUAGUAAUGACAUAGUGAUUGUGAAGAGCCUUCCUCCACACAUGAAGGGGGCUAUGAAAAAGAAACAGUACCCUGUCUUUAAGCCCAAAGCUACAUCUUCUCCAAGAUUCUAUGCUAAUGAAGUCUUGCCGAAGUUAAAGAAAGCUAAGGUCAUUGUGUUUGUGCUUACUGGGGGAGGCUGCCUACAGCCUGUCCUCCCUCUUGAUCUGGAAGAGUAUCAGAGACUGAGGUGUAGAGUUUCCUUUCAUGCACUUCAGUUUCGUCCAGAAGUUCUGGCACUUGGGCGCCGCAUGGUGGAAAGGUUACGAGCUGCAGGCCAGCCUUACCUCGCAUAUCAUUCUGGCCUUGUCAGAGAUACUUUAGCAUAUCAUGGAUGCGCUGAGCUAUUUCAGGACGUUCACACAGAGCUUAUACAGUAUCAAAGGGCUCAAAUGAUUAAACAGGGGAUAAUCACUGACCAAUUAAAUGUUGAUUCACAUGCUCGCAAAGCAAAUGGUUCAUGUCCGUUGAUGCCUGAGGAGGUAGGACUGCUCCUUCGGGCAAUGGGCUAUCCUCCAAAAACAAGAAUAUAUUUGGCUGGUUCGGAGACAUUUGGUGGACAAAGGGUUUUGAUUCCUCUACGUGCCAUGUAUGCAAAUCUAGCGGAUCGAACGUCCUUGUGCAGCAAGCAAGAAUUAAGUGACCUAGUUGGGCCAGAAACACAGCUCCCUCUGGAUGUGUUCCAGACACCUCCUGUUAAGAGUGUUGACGAACUGGAGGAAGAAUGGGAUAAGGCAGGUCCUCGUCCCCGGCCUCUUCCUCCACCUCCUGAUCGGCCUGUCUAUCGGCAUGAAAAGGAAGGCUGGUAUGGUUGGAUUACAGAGAGGGAUACGGAGCCGGACCCUUCACCAAUUGAUUUGAGGAGGCAAGCCCACAGGUUGUUGUGGGCUGCUCUUGAUUAUAUUGUCUCUGUUGAGGCGGAUGCAUUUAUUCCAGGUUUUAAUAAUGACGGAAGUGGUUGGCCAGAUUUUGCGAGCUUGGUCAUGGGACACCGACUCUAUGAAAUUGCUUCUGCCAGAACAUAUCGACCUGACAGAAAAUAUAUUGUCAAACUCUUUGCCAAUGUGUCCGGUAAUGUUUACCAUCCAAAGCGUAACUGGACGCUCCAAGUGAGAGAGCAUCUCAAUUCAAGCCUCGGGGAGGUGGGUCUGCUGAGGGAAUCCCACUUGUCCAAGAGAACAUCAUUUCUCUCGCACCCAAUUCCCGAGUGCUCAUGUCGGAAUUUCAGAUCAUCAGAGACAUCGGAUGUGGGAAAGGGCAGCGGUGCGAGCCAAUAUUUGUACAGUGAUGAAGUGGAAUGCCCCAAGUGGAUGCAGCACAGUGCCAUGGCUAAUAGACCAGAGAAUGGCGGCAAUGAGAAUGAAUCUCAAGAGGACGGAGUGGAUAUGGAAGGUCAGUUAGAUUCUGAUGAAGACAGUGGUAUGACCGAGUCGUCUCUGACCCUAGAGCAAGAUGAGGAAAUGGAUCCCAACGAUUAGGAUACUUGUACAGGUUACGGUUCAUUUUUUGCUUUUUAACAUCGGUUAUGUUACCCAUUUUUUUGCCUUAAACACAAUCCUCCCACAAUAUAGAAAAUUCUUUUUAGGAGAGGGCGAUUUUACGGAAGCGACGAGUUUUGUAUACCCUGGAAGAGCCAUUCUUUUGCUUACAUCAAAUGAUUCUGAAUUUUUGAAUACCAUAACCAUCUUCGUAUGUACUGUAAAAA